UUAUAGUCCAGUUGGGGGCGGUAAUGCAGCAUUGGAUGCCAACCGCCGUUAAACUCCAAAGAAGAAGAAGGCGGAUCCACAACCUGGAAGUUGUGCGUUACGAAUGAACGGUUUUCUCUUUAAAACUGUUACAUUUCGAAGUAAUGUCAAGGAUAGCUCUUGAGCCGGUGUGUUAGCUUUCAAAGAUAACCGGAGCAUUUCUUCCUAACUGUAAUUUCCAAACGUGCAGGUAAGGUUCAGAUUCAGGUGAGUGAUGCCUGUAGAGUCCAGCAGUGACUGUCCCCAUCUGGAGUGUGUUGGAGAAAUCACCAAGGAUGAACUGAUCCACAAGUCACAUGGCCAGUGUCAAGACUGCAAGGUUGGAGGACCAAAUCUGUGGGCGUGUCUGGAGAACACCUGUGCCUAUGUGGGCUGUGGAGAAUCUCAUGCUGACCAUAGCACUGUCCACUCACAGGAGACUGGGCACAACCUGACAGUGAACCUGACCACUCUGAGGGUGUGGUGUUAUGCCUGUGGGAAAGAGGUGUUUGUGGAGCGUAAACUGGGCCCUCACUGCCCUGUCCCCAGCACCAAGACCCUCGCUUCACCUCAGACCAACAACACACAGUUCCAGGAGUGUAGCAGGUCGCAGGGCAGUCCCACUUCUCUGAGACUGCCCCCUACUAAUGGCUGUGAAGACCUGGGCAUGGAAACGGAGGAGGAGGACGAGCUACGCGCCAGAGGUCUGACGGGUCUGAAGAACAUCGGGAACACCUGCUAUAUGAAUGCAGCCCUGCAGGCCCUCUCCAACUGUCCUCCUCUUACCCAGUUCUUUGUGGAGUGUGGAGGUCUGGUGAGGACAGACAAGAAGCCUGCUCUGAGUAAGAGCUACCAGAAACUGGUGUCAGACCUCUGGCACAAGAACAGGCCAUCCUAUGUGAUCCCUACCAAUCUGUUCCAGGGGAUCAAGGCUGUUAACCCCAUGUUCAGAGGAUACUCCCAACAGGACUCUCAGGAGUUCCUGCGCUGUCUGAUGGACCAGCUCCACGAGGAGCUGAAGGAGCCACUAGCCGAGCCCCCCGACAACGACCAACACUCGCACGCCAUCGCCAUGGACGACUGCCCUGAGGACGACAGCCGCAGCCAAUCGGACGGAGACUUCCAGUCGUGCGAGUCUUGCGGCAGCAGCGAGCGGGCGGACAACAAAGGCGGGAGCGGGGAUGGUCGGGCGGCGGCGCCGCCGUCGGGGGAGGAGUCUAACGAGGCAGAGAUGCUGAUCCCUGAUGUACCUGACUCCUCCCACUCCUCGCGUCAGACCAAUAGGGAGUGGCAGAAGGAGAAGAACCUGAUCAACAACCUCUAUCGGGGGUCAGGGGGCGCAGGGUUGUCAGGGGGAGACCUGUAUAAAGACGUGGAUACCACUUCCGAGGCCGUGCCCAUCAUCAGUAACCAGGGGGCCAUCAAGGUCCAGAUACAGGGAAGCAUGGCUGACUCAUUCCCCGAGGUGGUCUCCAGCAGCACCCGACCCCAGACCCCAGUCCCCAUGGAAGGACACUCCUUCACCAAGAUGUCCUCCAGUCCACCCAGGAACAACUGUGUCUGGCCAGGAAUCUCCUCCAGCCAUCUGAAAAUGACCUCGUUUUCCUCACCGAAGAGCAAGCGUCAGAAGAAGUACCGUAGUGUGAUAUCAGACGUGUUUGACGGGACCAUUGUCAGCUCAGUGCAGUGUCUGACCUGCGACAGGGUGUCAGUGACCCUAGAGAACUUCCAGGACCUGUCCCUGCCCAUCCCAGGUAAGGAGGACCUGGCUAAACUCCACUCCUCCUCCCAUCAGACGUCUCUGAUCAAGGCUGGCUCCUGUGGUGAGGCCUACGCUGCUCAGGGAUGGGUCGCCUUCGUCAUGGAAUACAUCAAGAGCUGGUUCUGGGGUCCUGUGGUGACCCUACAGGACUGUCUGGCUGCCUUCUUUGCCCGGGACGAGCUGAAAGGAGACAACAUGUACAGCUGUGAGAAAUGCAAGAAAUUACGGAACGGAGUGAAAUUCUGUAAAGUUCAGAGUGUUCCUGAGAUCCUGUGCAUCCACCUGAAGCGGUUUAGACACGAGCUGAUGUUCUCCACUAAGAUCGGGACUCACGUCUCCUUCCCAUUGGAGGGCCUGGACCUGCAGCCCUUCCUGGCCAAGGAUAGCUCCGCCCACACCACCUCCUACGACCUGCUGUCGGUCAUCUGUCACCAUGGCACCGCCAGCAGUGGUCACUACAUAGCCUACUGCAGGAAUGACCUGAACAACCUGUGGUAUGAGUUUGACGACCAGAGCGUCACGGAGGUGUCAGAGUCCUGCGUCCAGAACGCUGAGGCCUACGUCCUGUUCUACAAGAAGAGCAACGAGGAGGCGCUGAAGGAGAGGAGGAGGGUUACCGGUCUACUGAACAUGACAGAGCCCAGCCUGCUACAGUUCUACGUCUCCAGACAGUGGCUCAACAAGUUCAAGACCUUUGCUGAGCCUGGACCAAUCUCCAACGACAACUUCCUCUGUUCACACGGAGGUGUGCCGCCUGCCAAAGCAGCCUUCAUUGAUGAUCUGGUCGUGAUGCUGCCUCAGAACGUGUGGGACCACCUCUACAGCAGGUAUGGAGGCGGGCCUGCUGUCAACCACCUGUAUGUGUGUCACACGUGCCAGACGGAGAUUGAGAAGUUGGAGAAGAGACGCAAGACUGAGUUGGACAUGUUUGUCCGGCUGAACAAGGCGUUUCAGGAGGAAGAAUCUCCAGUGGUCAUAUACUGCAUCAGCAUGCAGUGGUUCAGAGAGUGGGAGGCCUUCGUUAAGGGAAAGGACAAUGAUCCACCAGGACCAAUCGAUAACUCUAAGAUAGCCAUCAACAAGAACGGUCAUCUAACACUCAAACAAGGGGCUGACUCUGGGCAGAUCUCGGAGGAGACCUGGAACUUUCUCCACUCCAUGCACGGAGGGAGUCCGGUCGUCACGGUCCGGCCCAACGUCUCUCACCCCGAACCGGAGGCGUCCUCGCAGUCCGAGGAGAAGAUGGAGGUGGAGACACGCUCCGUUUAACACUACCUAGUUAACACCAACAGGAAACCCCCCAACGCCAGCCCUGAGGACAACCCCCCCCCCCCCAACGCCAGCCCUGAGGACAACCCCCCCCCCCCCAACGCCAGCCCUGAGGACAACCCCCCCAACGCCAGCCCUGAGGACAACCCCCCCCCAACGCCAGCCCUGAGGACAACCCCCCCCAACGCCAGCCCUGAGGACAACCCCCCCCAACGCCAGCCCUGAGGACAACCCCCCCAACGCCAGCCCUGAGGACAACCCCCCCCCAACGCCAGCCCUGAGGACAACCCCCCCCAACGCCAGCCCUGAGGACAACCCCCCCCAACGCCAGCCCUGAGGACAACCCCCCCCAACGCCAGCCCUGAGGACAACCCCCCCCAACGCCAGCCCUGAGGACAACAACUAAAGCCUUUUUAUUUUGCACUUGGAUCUUUUUUUACUUCAAAAGCAUUCGAUCAAACGACCCCUUUAACCUUGACCUCCACAACAUGACGUCUCUUCUUGAAUAUUGGACAGAAGGAAUAAACUUGUCUGAAAAUGAUAUGACAGUCAUGUUUGUAUAUAGAUGUAUAAAUAUCUAAUUUCUAUUAGCACUGUAAAAUAAUGCAUGGAAACGGUGUCUGGUCGUUUCCAGAACUAAACGGUGUCUGGUCGUUUCCAGAACUAAACGGUGUCUGGUCGUUUCCAGAACUAAACGGUGUCCGGUCGUUUCCAGAACUAAACGGUGUCUGGUCGUUUCCAGAACUAAACGGUGUCUGGUCGUUUCCAGAACUAAACGGUGUCCGGUCGUUUCCAGAACUAAACGGUGUCUGGUCGUUUCCAGAACUAAACGGUGUCCGGUCGUUUCCAGAACUAAAACGGUGUCCGGUCGUUUCCAGAACUAAAACGGUGUCUGGUCGUUUCCAGAACUAAAACGGUGUCUGGUCGUUUCCAGAACUAAACGGUGUCCGGUCGUUUCCAGAACUAAACGGUGUCCGGUCGUUUCCAGAACUAAACGGUGUCUGGUCGUUUCCAGAACUAAACGGUGUCCGGUCGUUUCCAGAACUAAACGGUGUCUGGUCGUUUCCAGAACUAAACGGUGUCCGGUCGUUUCCAGAACUAAAACGGUGUCCGGUCGUUUCCAGAACUAAAACGGUGUCUGGUCGUUUCCAGAACUAAAACGGUGUCUGGUCGUUUCCAGAACUAAACGGUGUCCGGUCGUUUCCAGAACUAAACGGUGUCCGGUCGUUUCCAGAACUAAACGGUGUCCGGUCGUUUCCAGAACUAAACGGUGUCCGGUCGUUUCCAGAACUAAACGGUGUCCGGUCGUUUCCAGAACUAAACGGUGUCCGGUCGUUUCCAGAACUAAAACGGUGUCCGGUCGUUUCCAGAACUAAACGGUGUCCGGUCGUUUCCAGAACUAAACGGUGUCCGGUCGUUUCCAGAACUAAACGGUGUCCGGUCGUUUCCAGAACUAAAACGGUGUCCGGUCGUUUCCAGAACUAAAACGGUGUCCGGUCGUUUCCAGAACUAAACGGUGUCUGGUCGUUUCCAGAACUAAGCGGUGUCCGGUCGUUUCCAGAACUAAACGGUGUCCGGUCGUUUCCAGAACUAAACGGUGUCCGGUCGUUUCCAGAACUAAAACGGUGUCUGGUCGUUUCCAGAACUAAACGGUGUCUGGUCGUUUCCAGAACUAAACGGUGUCCGGUCGUUUCCAGAACUAAACGGUGUCCGGUCGUUUCCAGAACUAAACGGUGUCCGGUCGUUUCCAGAACUAAACGGUGUCCGGUCGUUUCCAGAACUAAACGGUGUCCGGUCGUUUCCAGAACUAAACGGUGUCCGGUCGUUUCCAGAACUAAGCAUUUAUCUGUUUUGUGUCCAGCUAGAAGGAUUGUUUCUGCUUAUGUUCAUUAUUUUGUUUUCUCUUGACCAAAAAUUGAGCCGAUGUCACUCUCUUAAGAUGUCUUGUUUGAUGCAAAUGGGAAAAGCUAGAAAAAUCACAUCUUUACUAUAGAUAUUAAAAAGUUAUCUUACCUGUUCUAGAAGUGAAUGGUUAGAGAAGUGCUAGCUCUUACAUGUUCCUUAAAGCGAAGAAGAAGGAUCUUAAAAGAUGAGAUGAUCAAGAAGGGAUAUACUGAAUAACUAAAUUAUAUCGUCUCAAGAAGGACUGGUAUGUUUUGCUCUGUAGAUGGGUUAAGAUGAUGGGUUUUAAAUGUACCAGUGCGUCAGGGUUAGAAGAACUAACGUGAGUCCGGAGUCCCAGCACUUCCUUGUUAUUUAUCCCCCCCCCCCCCCCCCCCCCCCCCCAUGGGCCAGACCAGGGGGCUGAUUUACUAUUGUAUCCUAUUCCCAACAUAGUGCACUACAUUGGGCCAGCGCCCCAUGGAACCCUAUUCCCUAUAUAGUGCACUACUUUGGGCCAGCGCCCCAUGGAACCCUAUUCCCUAUAUAGUGCACUACUUUGGGCUAGCGCCCCAUGGAACCCUAUUCCCUAUUUAGUGCACGACUUUGGGCCAGCGCCCCAUGGGAAAUAGUGUGGAGGCAUUUGAUGUUAAUAGCCUUUUUGCAUAAAAUAUGUGUCAGGCAGGCUCUCAGUUCACCAUGCAUGCUUUAGAGGGGACCCCAGUCACUCAAUCAAGCCAGGGUUGGGGUCAAUCCCAUUUCCAUCUAGGAAGUCAACUGAAAUUCCAAUUCGGAUUUUCCUCAAUGCUUCUCUGUGAGAAAAAAUGUGGAACGGAAUUUAAAUGGAAUUGACCCCAACCCUGACACGCUAAUCAUUGAAAAACUUGCUGGCCACAUUAUCAUAUUAAAUUGCAUGUAAAAUUGCUCACUCGUUGCAUAAUAUGUACUCAAUGAAUCACAAACUUCUGUGGCUAUCUGAAAUGUACAGAAUUACAUAACAAUCAGUUGUGUCCGUGGAAGACAUUAAUAUGUGUAUAAGGGUAUGUUGCUUAUGGUAUGUGGUCCCCGAAGGCCGAAGAAGCAAUCUAGAUAAUGCUGUAGGUAUGUGAACUAUAGGGCAUAAUGCAUAUCAUGAACACGUCUGUUCUGAUUGGCUGAUAUGAUUCCAAUAAACCCUGAUGAUGAAAGGG